GUUGCAUUAUCUCCUCUUUUAAUAUUCAACACAAUAUAUUGUUAAUUUGUUAUAUUCGUUUGAACUCAUGAAGGAAACUCAAGAUUCAAGAGAUUUGUUAAAUAACGUAGAGCUGAGUUUAGGGUUGUCAUUGAACGGUAGAUUCGGGCCAGAACCAGAAAGCAACAACAAUAGAAAGCGGUUGCAGUCGCUGCGGCGGUUGGAGGCUAAGCGACAACGAGUUGAAAAGCUGAAGAAUGUGAGAAUGGUGAAACAAUCUAAGCCAAAGGUGCGGUUUUCUUCAUCGGUCGAUGAAAAGAUGCCGUGUGUGACCACCAAAGUUGGGAAAAGGAUACAAGGGUUUUUGUAUAGGUAUGGAGAAGAUGAAGAAGUUAGAAUAGUAUGCGUGUGUCAUGGUAGCUUUUUAACUCCGGCAGAGUUUGUUAAACAUGGUGGUGGAGGGGAGGUUGAGCAUCCACUAAGACAUAUUGUUGUUACUUCUUUGUUUACUUGAUAUUUAGUAGGCAUACCAAAUGAAGUCGAAAGUAUAAGUAACUAACUUUAUCAAUGAUCACAUCAAUAUGUGAGUUAUGACAUCAUAGAAUUCAUAUGACACAUUGCUCCCUCAUGGCUUGGAGCUCGCUCGAUUUGGCUCACUUAAUAGCUCGGUUUGGCUCGACUUAGCUCGGAUUAUUUUAGUUAUAAUAUUUUUAUUUUUAUGUACACUAUAAUAUAUUACAAAAAUCUGAUUAUUAUUUAUAUGUAUUUAGGAGUGUAAUUUGAUAUCUACGACAUAUUUGAAAGUUGAUUACUAUGCUAAUGAACUAAUAUUGUAUU